UGUAGAAAGCAAUCAGGAGAAAAAAAAAUCCCAGAGUUUACAGUAACCCAGGAAGAUGUUCAGCCGGCUUGUCUGUGUCAGCGAUUAUGAACAACACGCUAAAUCCAUACUUCAGAAGUCUAUAUACGACUAUUAUAAAUCUGGGGCUAAUGACCAGGAAACCUUGGCUGAUAAUAUUGCAGCAUUUUCCAGGUGGAAGCUGUAUCCACGGAUGCUGCGGAAUGUUGCUGAAAUAGACCUGUCGACUUCCGUUUUAGGGCAGAGGGUCAGCAUGCCAAUAUGUGUGGGCGCUACUGCCAUGCAGUGCAUGGCUCACGUGGAUGGGGAGCUGGCAACCGUGCGAGCCUGCACAUCUCUGGGAACCGGCAUGAUGCUGAGCUCCUGGGCCACCUCCUCAAUUGAAGAAGUAGCAGAAGCUGGUCCCCAGGCACUUCGCUGGCUGCAGCUGUACAUCUACAAGGACCGUGAGGUCACCAAGCAGCUGGUGCGGCGGGCUGAGCGGAUGGGCUACAAGGGCAUAUUUGUGACAGUGGACACCCCUUACCUGGGCAAUCGCUUCGAUGACGUGCGUAACAGGUUCAAGCUGCCACCCCAACUCAGAAUGAAAAAUUUUGAAACCAAUGAUUUAGCAUUUUCUCCUAAGGAAAAUUUUGGAGACAACAGUGGACUUGCUGCGUAUGUGGCUAAAGCAAUAGACCCGUCUAUCAGCUGGGAAGACAUCAAAUGGCUGAGAAGACUGACAUCACUGCCGAUUGUUGCAAAAGGCAUUUUGAGAGGUGAUGACGCCAAAGAGGCAGUUAAACAUGGUCUGGAUGGGAUCUUGGUGUCAAAUCAUGGGGCUCGACAGCUCGAUGGGGUGCCAGCCACUAUUGAUGCUCUGCCAGAAAUUGUGGAGGCUGUGGAAGGGAAGGUGGAAGUCUUCCUGGAUGGGGGUGUGCGGAAAGGGACUGAUGUUCUGAAAGCUCUGGCCCUGGGAGCCAAGGCUGUGUUUGUGGGGAGACCAAUCAUCUGGGGCUUGGCGUGCCAGGGAGAGAAAGGUGUCCAAGACGUCCUUGAGAUACUGAAGGAAGAAUUCCGGUUGGCCAUGGCUCUGAGUGGGUGCCAGAAUGUGAAAGUCAUCGACAAGACAUUGGUGAGGAAAAAUCCUUUGGCCGUUUCCAAGAUCUGACAGUGCACAAUAUUUUCCCAUCUGUAUUAUUAUUAUUAUUAUUUUUUCGGCAUGUAUUACUUGACAAAGAGACACUGUGCAGAGAGUGACCACAAUCUGUAAUUCUCCACUUCGAUACAAAGGGUGUCCUUCUUCUCCAACAAAACAGCAAUCCCUUGCUAUUUUAAGUUCAUUGCUUUUGACUUUUCAAUGGGUGCCCUAGGAACCUUUUAGAGAGAAAUGGACUUGCAUCCUGGAAAUAUAUUAACUGUUAAAAAGGAAAACAUUGAAAAUGUGUUUAGAUAGCGUCAUCCCCUGGCAGGCUAACGUGCUGCAAAACAAAAGGUAUCCCAGGGUAAGACUGGAGCUAGCUCAUGUGGAGUACACAGAUAAUGAUCUCACUGUUUAUUAACCCUCAUUGUGUUGGGAUUUCCUUAAAACCAUGUUCUUAAAUUGUCAGCGCAGGUUCAAAAGGCUGAGAGUGCCUUGGAGAGAUAGCAGGUUUGGAUUCCUUACACUGAGGAGAUGGUGCUUGAUAACAUUGGGAUACAUUGGUGAUAAUUUGUGAUUUUCUAAGUACUUUUUGACACCCUGAGCUAUGCUCCUUCUUUGAAUGUAGAUUUCCAUUCACAUCUUUAGUAUCUUUAGUAUAUCUGAGUAUUUUAUGAUGGAGAUGGCUUCUUAGUCAGAGAGAAAUAAAGUGAUUUUUGAAAAGAUUCUAUCUGGUCCAUUUGUAAUAAAAUGGAAUUCAACUAUUUUGAUCCCUGAGCCCGAAUGUCUUCCCUGUUCGCCUUAUGUACACCUGUUAAUUUUCUUAUACCUCGUAGAUCCUCUUCGUUAUCCCUUUGCUUCUUUCUCACUCACAGUCAUGGCCAGUGACGUGAUGUGCGAGGCCCCCUGCCAAAUGAAAUGAUGGCCCCUUAUUCAAAUAGCAGGAAAAAGACCUUUCCCUUUCUUUCAAGGUUUUUCUCUUAACCUGCCAUGGUAUCUUUUAUUUGCUAUUGAAUGUCAUGUUUCCUGGGGCAUGGGGGUACUCAUGGGGCAAGUACAGACCCUCACAGGGGUCUGAACAUCACCCUGUGAUCUGUCCUGACUCAGAGUGGAGGGUGGGGGUGGACAGAGCCACUGUCACUGGUGAGGUAGGUGGGCCAUUAGCCAAGGUCUUGUCUAGGGGAGGUGGGGAGGUGGUGGGAGAUGAGACAUUGUGGCUCCAGGCCCCCCAGCACAUGUUCCAUGGUCCUGUCAUCCUUUACGUAUAAAAUACAAACUCAAAAGUAUUAAGAAUUCAAGCCAGCAACAGAACAUUAAACUCAAGCACAAAGCCCCCUUUGGGGUGUAGAAUCCUGUGUGACUGCACUGCCUGCCUGUCCAUGAAGCUCUGGUCAGAUGACUUUCAUUUAUUCCCAAAUCAGGUGUUUGACAGCUGGGAGGGAAACUUAGCAGCCAAAGUAAUUUUGAAAUUGUUUUUUCACCAGCUUGUUGGUUGUUCAUUUACUAUAAAGUACUGAAUGAAACAAUUUAGAGAAUCACUACCUUAAAAUAUGAUCACAAGAAUUAUGUUUUAUUAUUUUAUUAUAAUGUUUUAUUCUCAGAUCUCUCUGCCUCUCUCUCUGUCAUUGUCAUUCUGUCUCUCUGUCUCUAUCUCUCCAUCUCUUUCCCUUCCUCCCUCCUUCUUUUUUUUUUCCUUUAAAUGCUAGGGCUUUCAUAAAUACUACAAUGGACACAAACAUAGAUCUAUCUUUCUGAAAUUAUAUCAUUAUAUCUUGGUCUGAUAAAGAAGAAUCAUUUAGUCUGAUUAAAAAGGAAAAGUCAUCCCUUAAGUUUUUCUCCAACUACCAAGAAGGAAUAUUACUGUCAUAUUCUAUAACUGUUUUGUACUUUUCUAAUUACUAUUAAUCAAUUAACAGUAAGUACCUCUUGGAUCCCUCCAACUGAUUCAGGGGUGCACCUGUUUUUAGCAAAGAAGGUCCGCUUGGCUCCAUCCUAGUAUGUGGUUGCUUAAAACCUGAUAACUUCCCCAGCAAAUGGAGGUCCACAGAUAGUGUUUUAAGUAAGUUUUAUGAGAAUGGGGAUUAGUGGUCUUAAUUGGUAACUUUCUAGACACAUUUAUGACCCCCAUGCUACCUCCUUGAAUGUAGAUAUGCACUUUUUCUUCAGAGUUGUAAUGUAGUUGAAUGCUUUAUGAUGUAUGUUGUUUGCAUAAUCAGAAAGAUAUGAAGUUGUUUUUACAUUUUUUUUUGAGUGUCUCCAGUCCAGUUGUAAGAAUGCUAAAACCAAAACCUUCUGACGUCUGAGACAGGAAUGGGGUAUGUUGGGUGGAUAUCUGUUUCUAAGGAUUUUCUCACUUGAACUUGAAAGAAGUUCUUUGAGGAAGACAACUGAUUUUUCUGUUCCUGAGUUUCUUAAAUUAUGUAAUAGGAAACAAGUAGUUUAAUAUAGGCCAAGUCUGCUUUUCUUGUAUGUUUAGUGUAUCUGAUGCCCCAAAGAAGGGCUCCUCAAACUGGAGAGAGUGUCGUAAUCACCUGGAGGCUGUGGGGCCCGCACCCAUAGCCUCGGAUUCAGCAGGUCUGGGGUGGGGCCUGGGAAUCUGCAUUUAUGAUGAGCUCCCGGGUGAGGCUGGUGCUGCUCUUCCAGGCACCACACUUUGAGAACCACUGGUCAAGUCUAGAGCAAGGAGCAUCAAGUCUGAUUUAAAAUGCAGGUCAUGUAAUGAGCCAGCUGUUGGGCACGGACCCACCUAAAAAAGGCCACUUCUUCUCAGUCAGUUGCUUCUUCUUGUUGAAACUGAUUUCUUAUUGAAGCACAAAGUACUUACAGUGCUGUGUGUUCAGUGCACACAUCUGUCAGAGGUGGUGGCAUUUUACACAUACACCCACGUGACCGCUACCACCCAGAUCAAGAGUUGGCACUUUUCAAAACAUCCUCCCCAAAGUAUCGCCUCUACCAGAAGCCACCUUAUGCUAAUUUCCAUCACCAUGGCUGCUCUUCAUAGAAGUGGAACCACACCAUACGUACUGCUGUUUUUAGUUUUGUCUAUGAAGUUCAUUCACACUGCUGAGCCUGUCAGUCAUUAGCUGUGUUUACUGCUCUGUAGGGAUCCAGUGCAUGAACAUGUCGUAAUGUAUCGAUCCAUUCUUCUCAUGUUGCAUGUUUGGGUUGUUCGCGGUCCUUCUGCUGGAAGCUGGUUCCAACUGAUUUUAGUGAGAAUGCAAAUUCAGUGUUAUUUUCAUAUUUUUUUUUUCAAGAAAAGCUGGACAUCUACAUUGUUAUGUGAAGAUUUUUCAAUGUUGGCAAAUAUAUAACAUUUUCAACAUUGAGCAGGUCAUGUUAGACUUGGGUCUUGGCCCAUGAGUCACAAUUUCUCAGCGCCUGUAACAUCUUGUCCUCACAGAUGCUUCUUUUGUGGUGAAAAUCACUCUCAUGUCCCUCCACAGAAUCAUGCCUGAGACGUGUAGCAGUGAUGGGUGCCCACUAACAGAUUUUUGUUUAAGCUUGCUUAUGUUAUGCUACCUGGAAGAAUGUGGAUGUGAAAUAAACUUCCUCCUCUCCACCAGGCUUGGGGAGUCCAGGAUCCCAGGCCUGCAGGAAUGAAUCAAGCAGUACUGGUUCCUGAGUGAGCAGUUUGCAAACUGUAUCUGUGUCAUUGCGGGGUUAUUCAUUCAUUUGUUUAUCUUGCCAAAACAUUAGCGUUUGUGAAACAGCUUUAGAGGGCUGUGGCGGAUUAGUAUAGCAUGAAAGGAAGUUGUGGCUUGUCCUCAAACAGGGAGAAAAGACCUUUCAUUGUAAAAUUCAUAAUUUAUUUAUUGUCUGAUGGACUGUAUUGCAUGUCCGUUGCAUAGCAACAAAAUAAAGUUUGUCUGGUUAGGAACAUCUGAAGGUUUCUUACAACGUAAAGAUAGAGGAUGCUUUCUGAACUAUAUUUGCUUCAAUGUGUGUUCCGUCGCAUACCAAUUAUAGAAGAACAUCAGGAUAAGAUUUAUUUUAGGUAAUACAAAUGUUAACACAAAUGGUAGAAGAGUAUUAUUGUGUGUUUAUGUGGUGGGGAAUCUUAUCUGUUUAAAAAGAUGCAAUUUCCUGUCAGUAUCCAAGUCUAACUUGAGCAAUCUGUGUCUUCUUUCCUCCCUAAUGUGGUUGCCCAGAGAUGUUUAGGGGAAAUAAGAAAUGCUUAUUUUUAUCUGGUUAUCUGUUUUCCUACUGAUAUUUUUUCUGAAUAUCAUUUCAGAUAGUAAGCAUAGGUUCAACUGAAAAUUUUCCAGCAUCUUCUGUAAACCAAGAAUCCUGUUACCCUGAAUGAUGCCAAAACAAGGGCUGGAAUUCAAGUGAGCAAUAAAUUUGAUUUUGUUUGUUCAUUUGCUUCAGCCCCAUUGGGAAAAAGGUUCUGGCGUGGUUUCCCACCUGUGUUCUCUGGUUAGAUCAUCUAUCUUUAAAGCUGAUUUGUUUUCCAGGAUAGUCAAACUCCUGAGUCUGUUUCUAGCAGGCAAAGUCUUCCAACUGACGUGGUUGGUAGUGCUAUGCUUCACAUGAUAUGCUAGGGCUUUUGUACCAACUUGGCUAAUUGAAAGUCAAGGCCAGCCCACCCCAAAGCAUCGGGUUAAGACCCCGAAGAGCUGAGUGAGUGUCCACGUGAAACAUUAUUUAACCUUAGGACCCUGAGAGUCUCAGCUGUGAAAUGAGGGUGCAGAGUGGUGAGAUGUAUUUUUUAUCUUUGAAUUUCAGUGCCUUCAGCUGAGGUAAUGCUACAUGUCACAUGACCCACAAUUUAAAAACAGAACCAUGCCUAGUACACUGUUUUCAUUUUAAUUUAAAUAUGAAAAAAGCCCAAGUUAACCAGCAUAUAUCUCAUAUCAAUUAUUAAUAUAUUAUUAACAUUGCCCUCCAUUUUCCUAUGUUUGCUUUACUAACAAUGUUCUAAUAAUAGUAAUAUCAGUGCUUAUUAUAAAUUUUUAGUUUAUUCUAUUAAAACAAGCAUUUUAAGAUUCUUAUUAUCCAGACCAGCACUGUCCCAUGAAUGUUUUGUGAUCAUGAAACUGGUGUCUGUCUGUAACUUCUAAUAUAGCAGCUAAUAUCUGCUGUAUAUAUGGCUAUUGGGCACUUGAACUGUGCCCAGUAUUGAAGGCUUCACUUGAUUUAAUUCUAAUUAUUCUAAUUGUAAGUAGUUACAUGUGGCCAGUUGGUAUAGUAUGGGAUAGCACAGAUCUAAAUAUGCAGAACAAUUUUAGGCAGAGGAGAGACUUUAUCCAACAGACUUAAGACCAGCCUUGCUACACGGUUACCCUGGGCAAGCCACAUAAAAUUUUUUCAACAUAGCUCUCCAAUUUGAAAACUAAAAUGUUAUGGCAGCUCUUAUCUGUAUUGUGGGCACAUUCCUUGCAGUAAUACAUGUAAUAAUGUUUAAAAUUAUUUGGAGAAAAAUACUAUACUGAUCUAAAGCAGCUUUGGUUUUGUUUGUUGGUUUGUUUGUUUUUCUUAUUAAUCUUUUCAUUUAUGGCUUCCUGGGAAGAGCACAGAAAUUUUGUCUGAAGUCUUGAGUUCCUGGUUCGGACUAGCCACUGAAUGAGCAGAUCAUCUUGAGAAAAUAAUCCUGAACUUUAACUUUCAUCCUUUAGGUGUGAGAGUAAUAUCAUUAAUCGAUAGUAUGUAAUAAUGAAGAGUGAUGUCCUCCUAAACUAAGAAGUGAUGUAUGUGUAAGCUAUUGUGUAAACGAUUGUAAUAAGAAUACAUGGUAUGUAGUGUAAUGGCUGACAUCUUGAAAAUCUGAAAAGUGUGAGCCAAGUUUGUUAGACAUAGUGAAAUAUGCCCCUCUGAGUAGACAAAAUCCUGUAUCCUAAAUAGCCAACUGGCACAAUAAAGAGCCUUUCUCUAA